AUGGCUGCCCAGACUGCUCAGAAGGUGCCCGUAGACGCGGCUGACCACACCACCGCAAUAAUCAUCGGUGCUGGCGUGUCGGGUCUUGAUGCUCUGAUCCAGUUUCAGCGGCUGCUCAAGCUAAAGGACGUGGUCGUCUAUGAGAAGGACGGCGCGUUGGGCGGUACUUGGGCGGCAAAUCACUAUCCGGGCGCUUCCUGCGACAUUCCGGUCGCCUUCUACUCGUUCUCCUUCGCGCCCGCGACCGAGUUCAACACGCAAUGGCCUGGCGCUGCCGGAAUCUGCCGCUACUACAACCGGGUGGUAGACCAGUACGGCGUUCGCGAGCGCAUCGUCCUGCACACCCUCAUCGAGGAGGCUCGCUUCUCCCGCUCAACCGGCCUUUGGACGGUCAAGCUCAAGAACGUCGAGACGGGCGAAGAGCGGACCAAGACCUGCAACAUCCUCGUCUCCGCGGUCGGCGCCCUCUCAGUCCCAGCAGAUCCGCCUUUCGACACGACGCAGUUCGACGGCAUCGUGAUGCACUCGGCGAAAUGGGACUCGUCGGUGUCGCUCAAGGACAAGGACGUUGUCAUCCUCGGGAAUGGCUGUUCGGCUGCGCAAAUCAUUCCUGCCGUACUGCCGGACGUCAAGUCGCUCACGCAGGUCGCGAGGAGCAAGCACGCGAUUGUGCCGCGUAACGCAGUUCCCGACAAUGCGUUCACGAACACGAUUGUUCGCUGGGUCCCCGGCCUCAUCACCAUCUACCGCUUCGCCGUCUUCCUCCUCUGCGAGUCCUACUUCGCCCUCUUCGACACCGUCGGUGGCGCCAAAGGUCGGCGGGCUAUCCACAAGGUUAGCUCUGACUACAUCCGACGAACGGCGCCCGCCAAGUUCCACGACAAGCUCGAGUACGACUUUGAGUUCGGGCAGAAGCGGCGGAUCAUCGACUACUCGAACAUGACUUCCGCACUUCACGACCCCAAGUUCGACCUCCUCUUCCCCGACUCGAUCGCUUCCGCCAAGGGUCGCACCGUCAUCACCGAGUCGGGCAAGGAGGUCCCAGCCGAUGUUGUUGUCACCGCGACGGGCUUCAAGGUCGCGGACUACCUCUUCCCGCUCAAGGUCUACAACGGCGACGGAGAGUCGCUCGUCGACCGGUUGAAGGGCAACGGCGUCAUGACGUAUCUCACCUCGAUGGUCGCCAGCUUUCCCAACUUCUGGAUCCUCAUGGGUCCGAACAGCGUUACGGGUCACUCCUCCGCCCUCUACAACACUGAGUGCACCGUCGACAUGAUGAUCAAGCUCCUCAAGCCCGUCGUCGCGAGCAUCAAGAAGGGCGCGACCUCUCCCGCACCGAGCGUUGAAGUGACGCAGAAGGCGGAGGACGAGUGGUUCGCCGAGAUGCGUGCAGAGAUGGACAAGAAAGUGUUCGAGAAGGCGGGAAAGAUGAGCUGGUACGUCGACCCGCAGACAGGAACCUGCACGACCCUGUUCCCGUGGGGCCAGCUCGAGUUCCUGCGCCAGACGCGCGACAUCAAGAAGGAGCGCUUCGUCUGGACGGCGACGUAG